AUGCAUCUUAUUGAUUGGAUUGUAUUACACGCACCUCAUAUUGAGUUUGUUGAGGCUAUCUAUGGAAGUGUAAAAGGGAGGACGCUGCAUGCCUUGAUCGAUCGACCUGUCAAAAGAAUCAAUUUGGAGCUUUCGGCAUCCUCUCGGGAUAUGGGUCAAUAUGAAUUUGUUCAUCAUCAUGUCACGCUUGGAGUACACUCGUCACUCCAAGAUAUCAAGUGCACUAUCGACACAGCAUUUAUGGGUAGUCGUGAUUGGCUACAUUUGAUUGCAGACUUACAGCAGCUCACGUCAUUGGAGAUAUGCCUUCAAUAUGGCGGUGAUACAAGUAGCUUGGUUAACCUUCUAGCACGUCUUUCGCUUGGGUGCACAUCCCUCGAAAAUGUUACAUUGACUUUCUUUUCUUUCUCGCCUCCCGGUGAGUGGAUUCAACCUUUAUCCCAGCAUCCGCGUCUCAAGUCUCUGGUCAUAGUCUGCAAUAUGAUGGCCGAGGGCAUGCUUCCAGUUCUAAAGGAAUUUCGGCACCUUGAUUUACUACAGCUAAAGCUGAAGACAUUCGAUUUGAAAACAAUUGCUCAAUUGAAAAGUGAAAUUCCAUGUCUAGUAUUUACAACCCAAAGUGCCCACCAAUAA